UGCCAUUGUCACCACUUGCGCGCAAGUUCCCUGCCGUGUCUUACUGGCCUCUAUCUGACAACAGCUAGACACGUCUUCUGCACCGACUGCGCCGACAAAACUGGGCUGACGGGAACACCACAAGAACAGCGUCAGUGUCCCAAUUGCGAAGCUGAUCUUCGCCAUUCUCAUGACGUUGUGCGUAACCUUUUGAGGCCGCCGGACGACUACAAGGCGAGUGUCCUUGCUGGUCUUGAUCCCGCUACCAUCAUCGAGUGUGCUCAGAAAGCAUUGACUUUCUGGACAUACCAAAACGCUCAGGAG